AUCUCGAUCGUGAACAUCCAUGUCGCGACGGUCCUGUAGCUCAAUCUUCUAUACAAAUUCUAUAUACCCACCGACCCUGCAUUUCCCUUGCCGAGUUACCGUCCUUUCGUGAGCGGCUUGAGGGUCUAUUGCUGAUGCGCAACUGCUCUCUGUCCAUCAAAUUGGACCAGCCACAGCGCGCAACGCGCGCAUAGACUCGCCAUCGCCAGAGGCUCGUCGCGAGUCGCAACCCCCAUCCUAGCCAUGUCCCAAGUCGAAAGCGAGAAUGAGGUGCCCGUACCCACCACGGAGGUGGCCGAGACGACGGAAACGACGGAUACCGUCAUGAAAGACCAAGAUGCCGUUAACGAGUCCCCUGGACAGGCAAACGGAGGCGCAUCGAUACAAGUGACAGAGCAACAGCCCGGAAGUAGCGCUAGGAUGGACACGACCCGAAUAUCGACCGUGUCGGAGGCCGAGUGGGAUGCAAUGAUCGAUGUCCUGAACGCAGUCUAUGCCUACCGCAUCGACGACGAACACGACCCCUCCAAAGUCUUCCACCGCAAAGUGAACAAGCGCGUCCUCCCCGAUUAUUAUACCGUCAUCACCGAGCCCAUGGCCCUCAGCACCAUCAAAGCGAAGCUUAAUACGAAGGAAUACAAGUCCUUCGCCGAGUUUGUGCGAGAUUUCGCCCUCAUUCCCCACAACGCCCAAGUGUACAAUCGACCGGAUGCUGGCGCCUACCAAGAUGCCCUCGUUAUCAAGGAUGUGAUCCAGGAUGAAUUCCAGAAGUUAGCAGAAAAGGGUGUAAUUCCAGCCGAUGUAGCUAAGCUGCCGUUUCUUGGAGAGAUUCCUCCACCGGACGAAGAAGGGCCAGGGGAUGAGGAAGAAGAGGAAGAUGACGAAGAUGACGAGGAGGAAGAAGAGGACACGGACGAUGAAGGCAAGAAGAAACGCCGUCGGGGCGGCCGGGCAUCAAAACGGGACAAGGACGAUGCCAAAGAUGCUGCGGACCCCGACGCCCGGAAGAAACGUGGACGACCACCGCGUGUGGACACCCCUCUAGAGGCGCGGAUUAAGGAGAUCAUCAAAGGCAUGCGGAAGUUCAAGAACUCCACGAAUCAGAUGAAAAUCAGCCAUUUCGAGCGUCUUCCCGACAAGUCUCAAAUGCCCGAAUAUUUCAAUGAGAUCAAGCAACCCAUGGCAAUGGACGUGGUCAAGAAAAAACUCAAGCGGAAGAAGUAUUCUUCCGUUGACCAAUUCAUGAAGGAUGUGGAACUCAUGUUCGAGAAUGCGAAGAUGUACAACCAGGAUGAAAGCAUCAUAUAUAAGGAUGCUGUAGAUCUCCAGGGCGAGACUAGAGCAUUGGCCGAGCAAGCCAAGAAACGUCCAGAUACCGACUUUGUCAUGGAAGACGGUAGGUUGCCGAUGCCCAACGGCAUCUUGCACGGGGGAGAGCUUUGGAAAGUCGGCGACUGGGUACAUAUCCAGAAUGCCAACGAUGUCACCAAGCCCAUCGUUGCCCAGAUCUAUCGCACCUGGCAAGAUGCCGAUGGUGACAAGUGGGUGAACGCUUGCUGGUACUAUCGCCCGGAGCAGACCGUCCAUCGAUUUGACAAACACUUCUUCGAGAAUGAGGUGGUGAAAACGGGUCAGUAUCGGGAUCAUCGGAUCGAUGAGGUUGUCGAUCGAUGCUUUGUGAUGUUCUUCACUCGCUACAACAAGGGACGCCCUCGCAACUUCCCGCCUGACAAAGAGAUCUAUGUUUGCGAAGCUCGAUACAACGAAGAGAAGCACAAGAUGAACAAAAUCAAGACAUGGGCUAGCUGCUUGCCGGACGAGGUUCGCGACAAAGACUAUGAGAUGGAUUUGUUUGAACAGCCGAAACGGAUGAAGAAAAUACCCAGUCCAAUAGUGUAUAUGCUCAAAGACGAUGCAAAGGAGACCGAUGACCUCCCCAAACCGACCUGGGGUGCAGAGAAUGCACCACCAAAAAUUGGAGCUGUGCACAAACGGCCACGGGACCCAAAGGAUUCACCACCUCCCGAACCGACACCAUCCCCACCACCUCCUGCGCCUCCACAAACUGUACAGCGACCUACGACGGCAACACAUCCAACACCCGCUGGCUAUCGGGAUCAAAGCGACUUCAUGAAUGCAGCCGGUCAUCCCGGCUCCGCCAUUGGCACCUCACCCUCUCAGCGUCCUCCCGCGCAUGCUUACUCGGCCAGCCAGUACGGACAACAUCCUCCGGUUUCUCCAGCUCCCCCACGCACCAACACCCCAGCCCACGGCGCCGCCUUCCAACCCUCGCCAAUAACCCCUGGACCGCACCCGGUGGCGUACACUGGCCCCACGCCUAUCGCUCAAGCCGCUCAUCAUCCCCAUCCCGCCCCACAAAAUUUCCCCACGUCCCACACCGUUACCCCAGCGACACAUGGUCAUCCACAAGUCUACCCGGCACCACAGGGCGUCGGCUCUCGUCCGACGUACCCGGUGCAGCCGCCCAGUGGCCAAGGGCAUCUCGGCUACAAAGCACCGACGAUCGAUGUGUACCACUUAGAUGACCGCGCGAACUCGUCGGUUCCUCCCGAGAUCCGCAAGCAGUUCCACACGGACCGCCAGGGUCGAAUCCUCUUCUACGCAGCGCCACCCGCGCAGACCGAACCGACGGAUGGAGUCAAAGGCAUUCACGGAGGCAAGAUCUUGGGACACGGCGCGCGGUAUCUCGCGGCCAAAGCGGAGCGAGAGAAGAAACUUUUGGCAAAGCGAAAACUGGAAGGAUCGAACGGGCAGGGAUCACCGCCGAAUAAAAAAAAUCGAACGGGGUCGAACGAGGCGGACGGUGAUCGAUGGAGCAAGGAUGUCCAAGACCUCAUGAAUCAGGCGCUCGGACUCUGGGGCCAACAGAUUCUAGACGGGAUGAUUUCCGAUAUGAAGCACCGGUAUGGCGAAAGCAGGUGGCAAGGUGGAUUGCAGGAGGAACUGAGCCGGGUGGCAGGGCUGCAGGAAAAGAGAAUGGAGCUAGUGGAGGGACGGGAGACGGCUUGAGAAUACGUCUUUACUCUAGAAGGGCAUUCCAGAAUCAGAGCGUUUCCUUUCCUUGACGUUCCGUCCCCAGACCGCGACACUC